AUGUCUACUGCUUAUGGCCAGAAACUGUAUGACGCCUUCCAAGACUAUGAUCAGGGCUUGGUGGCCCCCGGAGUGUACAAUGACGACCCCUAUGCAGACACCUGGGGCCCCAUGCAACAGCAGCUUUCCUAUCUGCCGGAUGAGGAUAUUAUGGGGGAGGAGGGCGAAGGGUAUGGCGCCGACUAUCAGACGUUUGCACCAAUCAGUGAAGUCGAUGAGGAAAUACGGCAAGAAUCCAGCAGAUGCUCCAACCUCUCCACCACCUCCUCCUCCCCCUCCUUCGAGGACACUAGCUUUGUCCUCAAUUCCCGCUGUCGACACCUAUCCUUGGAGGUUGGAUCGGCAGGUGCUGCUAACCGAUUACACGGACGUACCUCCUCGUACCCGCUGCUGUCAAACGUGAAAAAAUAUGCUUCAACAUGUCAAAAAAUAUUCCACGCCUCUCUAUGCCAGAAGCCAAGUGACUUGCAGAUGUAUGAGAAUAUCGGUGAAACCCAGGGUUCGCCGACCAGUCCUUACAGUCUGCGGGGCAUAUACGCCUACGAGCCCCGCUCGCUGCUCCACGCUGCCACAAGACAGCUGGACACAAACUUCUGGGACGCCAGUAACAUGAAAAGGAUUUUGAACCUCCCGUCCAAUAGAGCACAGGUCUGUCUUGAGGAACAGCCCUUCUUCCAUCUGAUUAUUCGUCAGACACCCAUUGAGUACAGCUAUGUUCGUUCAGAAACCCAACCGGCAACGACUAAUUUUCAGUCGGUGGCAUUACAGGAGAGCAGGACCGUAUCCGCAAAUGAAGGGGACAGUCACCCUACAGAAGUACCAGAAGACACUGCGAGAAUGUUCUCGCAAACUGUUGAAAAUUCACUUCUUCAACUAUGGGAUGGAGCUGAAUGCUUGUACGAGGAACGGCGCCAGGAGGAGGCAGAAAUGCCAAAUAUUAUUAUCAUGCCGGAAAACGUGUAUACCUCGGAGGAUGAUGAAGAAGAGGAGGAGGGGAAUGAGGAAGGAGGGGGCAGUGUAUAUCAGAAGAAUACCUCAAGCCCUAUUCCUGAUAAGGCAGACGAACUUUUCUUAUCAAUAAGACGUUGCAGGAACUUUGAAAACAUUAGUCAGCUCAGUCUUUCUCCAGUGCCGGAAGAGAAUGGAGACGUGUCUAGAUUGGAUUUUAACAGUAAAGCUGGGGUUGCUACGGCUAAAACGGAGUAUUCUGAUCAGGGCUUAAUCUGGGAGACAAAUUAUUCAGCUUCCCUUGACGGCUUACCAGUUCACCGGUGGGGCAGGUUGUCUAAACCACAAUUUUCAUCCGCCUCGGUCGCUGUUGGUGACGCUGUUGCAGGUCUCAGCAUUUUCGCAGAAGACCAGAUCCUAGAGAAGCAGGAUGACCAGGAAUGGGCUAGCCUUCUUCCACCCUCUGAGUGCAUACUCCAGUCGGCGAAGGGCUUUUCCACAAAACUGGAAGAGAUGGUUCACCUUGAUGAAAAUGAAGAAUUCGAUGUGGCGGAUCUGGGAACAUCGACCGGCCAGGUGUGUACAAAAAAAAUAAUUUUAAACGUGCAUAACAAUGCAGUCGUUUUUGGGUACAGAGGAAUAUUCGUAUGA